GAAUUGCGGCUCCUGGGGUGCUCCAGGACGAGGGAAAAGACCGGCUGGGAUCUCCUGAGCCUGCGGGACCGCGUGGUGUGGAUAAAUCCGAGGAGCCGCUGGGACUAAGGAUGGACGAGCUCUGUGGGUACCGGUUCUGGCUGUUGCUCGUGGCCCUAAUGCUGAGCUUUGUCCUGCACAUAAUCUUCCUGCUCUGCUGGUUGGGCUUGCCCAGCCAUUUCUGGGCCUCCUGCGCCCAGCAGUGCUCGGCCUUGCAAGUCCGAGCCCAGCAAAGCCAGGCUCAGGAGAGCCGAGCUCAGCUGAGUGGCGCUGAGCAAGGCCGCGCCCUGAAAGGGGACACCCAACGAAGCCAGGUUCAGCAAAGCCGGGCUCGGCAGUACGGCGCCGUGCAAAGCAAAGAGGAGCAGCUCGCCCGCGAGAGACGGACCCUGGAAAGCCUCACCCGGCAGAGCCUCGCUAUUCAAAUGCUCUCCCUGAAGAUGCACGCUGAGCGAAGCCAGGCUCAGCAGAGCCACGCUCUGGAGAAUGGCGCUCAGUGGUGGGGGGCCCAGCGAAGCUGCGCCCAGUGGAGCCUCGCUCAGCAGUGUGGCACCCUGCAAAAACGAGCCCAGCAGAGCCAUGCUCAGGAGAACGGCACUCAGCAAAGCCUCACCCAGUGGAGCAACACCCAGCAGAGCCUCAUCCAGCAGAGCCAUGCUGAGCAAAGCCAGGCCCAGCAGAGCGGUGCUCAGCAGUGGGCUGCUCAGCAAAGCCAGGCUGAGCAGAGCCUUGCCCCGCAAAGCCUCGCCCAGCAAAGCCAAUCUCAGCAGAACGGCACUGAGCAAAGCCAGGCUCAGCAAAGCCACACUGAGCAAAGCCAGGCUCACACUGGGGCACCAGACCCUAGACCCGCCUAAGAUGCACCUGAGAAGGUCCAAGUUCUGGCCCAGUCCGUUUGAAUUGACGUUUAGUGUUGUUUGAGCAAAGUUUGGGGUUUUCCUUGUUUCUCAUUUUUCAUCAUUUUGAGGU